AUGACUACAGCAAGUGCUACCACUACUGCACUGGCUGCAGCUAGUGUGAUCACAGCACCGCUAGCUUCAGCUAGAGCGCAGCCAGCAGUGAUUCUCAGCAAAGAGUUCAAACACAUCUUCGCAUUAGUUGUGUUUAUCAUUGGCGUCUUGCUGGUCAGCGUUUUCGGGAUUUUCUUCAACAGCCUCAACCUUCUGGUCUACUUUAAGCAGGGUUUUAAGGAUACGGUAAACAUCAGUUUUUUCGCCAUCUCUCUGGCUGACCUGAUGUCCCUGAUACCCCUGGUGUGGUCAAUAGCCUUCAGCACCUGCCGUUACCUGCCCUGGUACAUACCUGUGGAGAACUCCCAGGUCAACUUUGUCGUCACAGUGUUCCCGAGCCAAAUCUUCUCGCGCAUCUCACGGUGGAUCAAGGUACUCAUCAACCUCGAGCGAUGCGCGUGCAUCAUCCAACCUCUCAAGGUCAAGCGCUACUUCACCGCUCGCGUCACCACUGUCGUCAUCGUCACCAUCUACCUCAGCUACGUCAUCGAGAUCCCCCUCUUCUACGUCUGCACUGACGUCAGGAACGUUUUCUACGAGCCUCUCAACAUGACGAUACUCAGCAUAUUCUACAUCAGUAACUGUUACCAUAGCAACAACGACGCUUUGGUUAUCCACACUGGUAGCAUAAUCUGCCCAUGUUUUCUAGAUAUAGUAUGCACUAUUAUAAUCAGCCAUCACCUUCAAGUCUUGUCAAAAAAACGUAAAAAGUUCUUGAAUGUUCGAAAAAAUGACACCAGCGAGACAAAAGACGUAAGAUUAAUUAAAAUGUUGAUUAUAAUUAACGUGAUUUUUAUCUUCACGGCCAUGCCUAUCGCGUUUGUAUACGCCUCCGUGUUUUUUGAGCGGCUGUUUUACUACGAGGGCUGGCUGGGUACCGUGUACUACAUCAUCAGUGAAUCCUCCGUGUUCUUGGACGAGGUGGGCGUGUCCGUCAACAUCUUCAUAUACUACAACAUGAGUGCCAAGUUUAAAGCCACCUACCUGAAACUCUUUCACCCCAAGAAACAAUAG